AUUUGUCCCAAACUUAGAGUAUAUUUACCAACCUUAUUUUUGAGGACUACCUUAAAAUGUUAACCAUGUUGUAAAAUCAAGAUCUGUUUAAUUAUUUUUUUUUAUGUUUUAUAGGUCUAAUAAAGAAAAUGCAACCUAUGGUUGGGAUUAAUUUUCGCACAGUGUUUGGUGAUCACUUGGUGAAUAUGUAGUGCUUACCAAACAACCCAGAAACUAUUUAUAGAGAUACAAGAUGAAUAACACAUAACAUUGUGUUACAUGUACAAUACUUCUGGAAACACCAUUAUGGUAAACCCUACCAGAAAGUUGGACAACAAUUCUGUUUAUGGACCAAAUGACGUUGAGCAAGUGUUAGUACCCAUAUUUGAUACCUUCAUCCUAGUGACUGGUGUGGUUGGACACAUAUUGGUUCUUAUCAUCAUCUGUCGUACCAUGCGCAAAGGACGUGGACAGAUGAAUGGAGGCAGGACUGGAGGAAUACAAGAAACAAAUGCAAACGGAACCGAUGUUCUUCUUCUGUCAUUAAGUGUGGCCGACCUUCUGCUGCUUUCCUGCCUUCCUUAUCACACGGUUGCAAUUGCGACCCACCACUGGCCCUUCGGGAGCUUCAUGUGUAAAUCUGUGAGCUUCCUAAGUGCGAUGUGUACCUCUGCCAGUGCCUUCACAUUGGCUGCUUUGGCGUUUGGUCGGUUCCUCAUUGUGGUGCACCCAUCAAAAGCGUAUCGAUGGCGCAGAGAAGGCCGAUUGAAAAUAAUAGCUGGUGCAUUGUGGAUACCUGCUAUAGUCCUUGCAUCGCCUCAGUUUGCAUGGCGGAUGGUGAUUUCAGGGCAUGAAGCCCGUGAGGACCUGGCAUGUUUUAAUUUCCUAUCCGAUAAAGGCCAGUUGGCAUAUGGAGUGUGUCACUUUCUACUGGCUUUUGCCUUUCCACUUGGGAUCAUUGUAAUAGCCUAUGCCAAGAUCUACCAUUUCCUUAAAAAGACCAGACAGGGCCGAAUAAGCCAGGCGGACCGUUUGGAACAAUAUCAUGUGAAGGUAACCCAAACAUCAGCUAUGUUAGUGCUGGCAUUUGCAUUGUGCUGGCUGCCUUCAUAUGGUUUAAUGUUUGCCCAGAUAACUGAGAGUGAUGCAACUUUACCUCGCUUGGGACCUUUUGCUACCUUCGCUCGCAUCAUGGCAACCUCGUCUACUGUGGCCAAUCCUAUUCUCUAUGUUUUUAUGUCAGAAAAAUUCAGGAAGGAACUAAUAAAUCUGGGUCAAGAAUGUUGUAAAAGCAGAGCUGUCUAAAUAUUAAACUGGACAUUUAUUUUAUCACUUUCAUAAAAAGUUGUUUACAAACCUGAAUGUGUAAGUGUUAACAAUUUUUUUUGUUUGUUUGUUUUUUAGCUUAAUUAUUAUUUAAGUAUAAGGGAUGACAUGAAAGCUUAAAAAAGUUGAGACUAUUUUACACUGUCAGAUAAAAAGUACCAAAAAUGUCACCGUAAUAAAAAUGUCCUAAUAAUGUGCCAAUAUGGCCUUUAAUAUGCACCUGUUAGGUACAAAAGUGCACUUUUUGAAAUGGUACCGUGCCCAGUGACAUCUUUUUCUACCCCUUAACAGAGACUUAUAUACAUUAACUGCUUUAGUUAUACUGUAUUGGUUAGAAUACACUGUUACUUUGUACAUACUUUAAAUAUUUUGUGUCAAUACAAUUACAGACUCAAAUGGUUUCUGCAAACUCAGAAAGAGUUUAAUGUGAAUCUUGCCAAAAGAAAUACUUUUGUUUCAGUUUGCAAACCCAAAAUUGACAAUAUGGUUAAUACUGUAAAUAAGAUUCAAUUAGUGCUGGGAAAAGAAAGAUUAAUCGCGAUUAAACGCAUACAAAAUAAAAGUUAAUUUGUACUGUGUACUGUGGGUAAUUAUUAUGUAUUGGCUAUUUAAACACACUCACAUACAUAUAUACAUUUCAGAGAUAUAUAUAUAUAUAUAUAUUUAUUUAUAUAUAAUAUAAAAUAUAAACAAAUAUACACAUGUAAAUGUUUAUUAAAUACACACAGCACAUACUUGCAUAUUAUGCUAAAAAUCACUUUUAUUUUGUAUUUGAUUAAUCGCCAUUAAUCAUUGCCCAGCACUAGAUUAAAUACAUUAAAAAAUACCAUUCUAGUAUAUGUUUUAUUUGUUUACAGAAUGUAAUAAAAUUUUGCACUUAAAUUAAAACUUAUAUUUUAAUCAACUUAGAUUCACAAGUCAUUUUAACUGUAGUGACUAGUGAUGAGUUGCUGUAGCUUAACUUAUAAAAUAAAGUUGACAUAACUAAAGCAAAUUCAAGUUUUAUUUAUUACUGUAAGUUACAGCGACUCAUCAGUCAAGCUUGAAAUGACUUGUAAAUCCUAGUUGAUUAAACUUAAAAAUGUAAGAUCAAAAAUAUGUUUAUUGUACCAAUGCCAAAUUUACAGUAAGUCUGUAUUUAAGUUUAUAUUGUACAGCAUAUAACCAAUAAUUGGAUAAAUAUUGGACAGAACGAACUGUUGGGUUUUAAAUACACAUAUGCUGGGUUGCUGCAAUGUAAAAAGUGAAAAGUUGGAUCAACUUAAAAAAAUUACUUUCGUUUGAAACUUUUUUUUUCAACUUAAAUUACCAAAAUGUUACCAUUUGAAGUAAUUUUUUAGUUAAUCCAACUUUUAACGUUUUACAUUGUGUUUCCCAAACAUGGAUGGAAACAUCCCAGCAUAAAUUUAUUUAAAACCCAACAACUGGUUCUAUCCAGCAUGCAUUACUCAAUAGUAUCUAUUAAAAAAUGUAUUGACAGAUCAUUUUUUUAAACCAAAUGUAAGCCACACUCCACUGAGUAAUAAAUGCAAAUUGUAUGUCACUUGUAAUGUGCUUUAUUAAAUUUGGUGAUUCAACCACUUAAGCAUUUACUUGAAAGAAUAAAUGAACCAUCAAAAUAUAUCAGAUGACACUUUUUUUGUGCUUUGAACUCUAUAUCUGAGUAACAAUAAAAUCAGAAAUGUUUCUGUUCAUCACAUCAUCGAACGACACAAGCCAACAAUGGACAUUAGGAGUUGAAUGCUUUGUGGAGUCUUUCAGAUAGACCCUAUACAAUAAAUGGACACAAGUUUAAUUAAAUACAGAAACAAAUACAGGACAUAAUGCUCUGAAAACACAGCACAUAUCUUAAAAAAAUAUUAUGAAAUCAAGUGUUUUGUGGUUUUUACACAUGCACACUUUUUUAAAAGCAGUUUUUAUAAAUAAAUAAAACUGAUGACUCUUCCUGCACUACACAGAGUUUUGUCCAACGCUCUAAAUGAUAAUAUACCCUCAAGGUUUGUGGCAGGACCCUUUCAAAAUGUACACCUGUACACCCAAAACUUAAUAUUAGUACAUCAGAGUUAAACAUAAGUUUAAAAGGUUUAAAAGGUACAUAUCUGUACCUAAAUUAGGAUCUUUAGGGUAUAGCCCCAGUCAGGGCCGCCUUAACCUAAUGUGAGGCCCUGGGGCUGAGAGGUUUUGGAGGCCCCCAUCCCCUCAAUUUAUAGUCUCAUUUUAAAAAAAAAGUCUAAUAUCUAGGUAAUCUACAUCACAAAAUGCAUUAGUUUCUUUCAAUACAUACAACAGAGAGUUUUCCCUCUUUGACCCAGAAAACACCAUAAUAUCAUUAUUUACAUAUAUCACUGAGCCCACUUGAGCAUAAACACAAGACACUUUACAUUACGCGGAAUAGAAAAAUCUGUUACGUCUGAUAUUUUAUUUCACAGUAAGUUACCACGGACCAAUCAGCAGACAUGUAACGUGCAGUUAGAGUGAUUGACAGAUAACCUGACAAGUUACAAAACAAUAUGAAUGUGAACUUGGGAGGCCCCUGGGCUUCAGCCUAGGUAAGCCCGUGCAUUAAGGCGGCCUUGGCCCCAGUGACAGCUUGGGACAAUUUUUUGACCAUUUUUUCUAACAGCAAUUUAAUUUCAUAGUGUCUUAAAUCUUAACUUUCAGGAAAUUCAAUUAGCCUGUGUGUAUUUUUAUCACUUACCAUCUUACAUUCACAUUCUUGUCCAUAAUCUUUAGAGUUGGAUUGUUGAAUUCAUGAGCCUUUUCAUAUGAAAUAUUGUAUUUGCC